AUGGCUGUUCAUCUUUUGGUAUUGCUGAAAAUCAUUUUGCUACUGUGGCCAAUCAGACCAUCAACGGCAUUAUCAUGUCCCCAGAACUGUGGUGAAGUCAAAAUACAGUACCCCUACGGUACCGGAGAAGGUUGCUACCUCAAUAAGGGGUUUGAAGUAACAUGCCGAAAAUCUUCUGGCUCUCCAAAAGCUUUAUUAAGUAGCAUCAAUCUGGAACUACUCGAGGACACUUUUGAUUCCUCAAUAGGAAUUAGUCCUGGUAUAUACAUGGACUUCAUGAGAAUCAACGUCAGCAUUCCUGUGAUUCUUCUGAAUCGCGGCAAGGCGAAUAUUUCUGAAAGUGUAAACCUGUCAGGUAGCCCCUUUUACUUUUCAUCAGCAAAUACGUUCGUUGCCAUGGAUUGCAACCACUAUGCUAACUUCAGCAGCCCGAAUGAAGAAUUUGGUGCUGGGUGCCUGUCAUUUUGUACUUGCGAUCCUAAUUAUUCUUUAGGCUGCUAUGAUUUCACAUGUUCCAUUCCUCCGAAUCAUAAGUUUUAUUAUGCAAACUUGUCAAGCAUUUAUUCUGAAAGUAUUCUCCGGGAUUGCAGUUCCGCCUUCGUGGUUGAACAGUAUUGGUUCGAGUCAAGCUACCAAUCAAAUCGAGAUGGUUUUAAAAGUAAAAAAUAUGUCCCUGCAACGCUGGACUGGGGAGAAUAUAAUGGAACAUGUGUGGAACCAUACAAUUCCGGCACUACAUUUUGUAACGACGAUAAUUACUGUUUAAUACAGUUAACCUCAGGCCAUGUUUGUCUUUGCAAAGAUCGACGAUCCGAAACCUCCCUAGGAUGCAGAGGUAUUUUAUACUGCAAUAUGACCGGCGGCCAGAAUUGCUCUAAAUGUCCUCCCGGUUAUGAACACGAUCACCAGUACAAAGAGUGCUCCCCACUGAGAAGUUAUGAUGAUAUGUUUAUAAAAAGCCCCCGGAUAAAAUUUUUCGUUAUCAUAGGUUGCAGUGCUGGGCUAGGAGUGUUGUUACUACUCAUGGGAAUAUGGUGGUUGUACAAGUUCAUCAGAAGAAGAAAAGAAAUGAAGCUGAAGCUGAAAUUCUUUAAAAGAAACGGUGGUUUGUUACUGCAAAAACACUUGUAUUCCGAUGAAGGACGUGAUAUUAAGAAAACAAAAUUGUUUACUUCAGAGGAAUUGGAAAAGGCUACAGACAAUUUUAGCAAAAAUCGAAUUCUUGGUCAAGGAGGACAAGGCACGGUGUAUAAAGGCAUGCUCGCAGAAGGAAGAAUAGUAGCGGUUAAAAAGUCCACGGUAGUGGAUGAAAGUAAAUUGGGAGAGUUCAUUAAUGAGGUUGUGAUUUUGUCACAAGUUAACCAUCGAAAUGUGGUUGAACUAUUGGGGUGCUGCUUGGAGACAGAAGUUCCUCUUUUAGUCUAUGAGUUCAUUCCUAAUGGAAAUCUCUUUCAAUAUAUAAAUGACCCAAGUGAGGAGUUUCCAAUCACAUGGGAGUUGCGUUUACGUAUUGCCAUAGACGCUUCAAGUGCUAUAUCUUAUCUCCAUUCGGCUGCUUCUAUUCCUAUAUAUCAUCGAGACAUUAAGUCUACAAAUUUACUUUUAGAUGAAAAAUAUAGAGCAAAAGUGUCCGACUUUGGAACUUCAAGAUAUGUUGCAGUUGACCAAACUCACUUGACUACUAAAGUAUAUGGGUCUUUUGGAUACUUUGAUCCAGAAUAUUUUCGAUCAAGCCAAUUUACAGAGAAAAGUGAUGUUUAUAGUUUUGGAGUAGUUCUUGCUGAGCUCUUAACUGGACAAAAACCAAUUAUUUCAAUUAAUAAUGAUGAAGCACAAAGUUUAGCAUUAUAUUUUCAGUGUGCAAUGAAAGAGAAUCGUCUAUUUGAAAUUCUUGAUGCUCGAGUUCUACAAGAGGCUGGGAAAGAAGAGAUUAUAAGAGUUGCUAAUCUCACAAAAAGAUGUUUGAAGUUAAAUGGGAAGAAGAGACCAACAAUGAAAGAAGUAGUAAGUGAAUUAUCUAGGAUUAGAGGAUUGAGUGGAGAUUCAACUAUGCAACAAAAUUAUGAAGAGACCGAUUUUGUUGAUGGUAAAAUAACUAAUCGCUUUGCAAUUGGUUCCUCAGUCGUCGGGUUGUCACUUUCUAAUAAUGCCAGUUUUCAAGAGUCAUCAGCACUCCUUUGAUCUUCAUAAAUUGUCAUGAAAUGAGGGGAAUUGUUUAAGUUAUGGUGUAUCCCGAAGUUUUGAAAUUUAUUUUGUCUUUUUUAUGGAUAUUAUGUAACGCAUGUUUA